GCCUCCAAGAGAAAUUUGCGUAAGAAAGAACUACGCACCAUAAAAAAAGCUAAGAUUGAAAAAUCUAUAGCUCAAUUGUCGGAGAGGCACAAGACUCAAAGCGAGACCCGUCUAUCUAAGAGCAAAUCACGUGAAUAUAUUCUAUCUUACUGGAAAUCUGAAGAUUUCAUGGCGAGCGAUCUUAAGUCAAAGAAUGAUUUGCAAUCUAUUUUUUUAAUGGAUCCAAAGAUCACCUUUUUCAAAAAAUUUGCAGAAAGAAGACAGCAACGAGAAGUUAUUAAGACGCUACUGGACCGAGAAUUGCUUCCAUUGGAUGCUAUCACUACCACCCCAAACCACACAAAUUAUUCAUCCCAUUUAACUACCUUUCAAAUACUUGCUGAAUUUAUUGAUUUACUAGAAUCAGAAAUUUUUGAUCACACCAAACCCACAAAUAAAAAUUCUGAUUUAGCAUGGAAGCAAUUCACUUUGUGGUGUGCACAUCAGCAACAUGUAAAAGCAGGAAAAGUUUCACUAAAGCAAACAACAAUAUCUGAGGCACUUU